AUGUUUCUGUUCAACUGCCGUCCCUUGAUGUCAUGUAUGACUGAUGUCACCAAAUCGACGUACCUGUCAUCCAGUAAACAUAAUGGUGUUGUCAAGUCAUCCCAGUAUUUCACUAAAGUAAAGUAUCAAAAUGGAGCUAUUCGUAAUGGUCACCUAAAACCAUGGAAAAAGAACCUUUAUUCCAAUGAAGGUUAUCCGGAUAAUUAUACUGAUAAGUCUUUCCUAGAAGAAUUGAGAAAAAACCUUCAUGUACGAAAACUUACACUUCUAGAAGCAAUCCUGGGAGCUAGUUUAAUUACACAAAGAUUAUGCAUAGUGGUAAUUUUUGCAUUAUCUUUUUACGCUCUGAAUUGCAAUUUAAUUUCUCCACUAUUAUUGCUAAUUUCUUCUACAAGUUUUAGUUUUAUCAUUUAUCUCUUGCUUUAUGAAAAUUCCAAGGCAUUUCCAUUAUGGUUGAUGAAGUCAGCAUGUGCAUUUGUGAUAUCUGGUUAUAUUUUAUCACCUGUGUUGAAAACAUUGACUGAAACUAUAAGCACCGACACCAUUUAUGCUACAGCCACGGUAAUGAUGUGUGUACAUCUUGUAUUUUUUGACUAUGGGGUGUCCGCAGUUAUAGUGUCAACAUCACUGUCAUUAAAUGCUGCCUUAUUUGGUUCAAUUUGUUUGUGUUCAAGACUACAAACAGCUUUCCAUGUAUUUGUAUUUAUCACAAUAGCAGUACAGUGUUUUGCUGUAUCACCGAUACUUUUAUCGCCGAUCAAAUCUUCCAUUACCAUCUUAUUGUUGUUUGUAACUGUUACCUUUGUAUUAUGUAUAAGGGUGUCAUCAUUAAUGAGUGGACUAUUUGUACUUACUGUCUUGUUCAUUAAUCUGAUGUGCCCAUACUAUUUUGUUAAAUGGCAUUCAUUCAAAGACAACAUUUAUGGACCAUGGGAUGAAGCUAUUGUGCAAGAUAUUAAAAUAAAAGAUUUUCACGUAGACUGA